GCAUAACGGGAACUUCUAAAAUUCUUGUUCUAUCCGGGAGUGUCGCCUGAAAAUCAAGCUACUGAGUUUCGACUAAGCCGUUGGAGGGAAAAAUAACAAUAAUUAAAAUAUUGGGCUUGUAUAGCGCCUUCUCAGGCAGUGUAAAAUCGCAUCGAGAGAAACGAGCCUAAUAGAUUUUAGUGGGUUUCGGUUAUUCAGCCUUGUAAUUUCAGAGAAAUUUCUUAGCUCAAAGUCCAGUUCUUGCCGAGGAUAUUUAAUCGAAACACCGGCAACACUCGUUUUGGAAGAUGUUAGUUAACCAGCAAAGCACUGAGGGUAAUGGCGGGAUUGGAGAAGGAAGAUGGUUACGGGAAGUUAGAAGUUGGGUAAGGAGAAAGCAGGUUGAUUCUGCGCUUGCAAGGCGAGAAGGUCAACGAUUGGCCAGGAAAUUAUCUGCCGUCGACCUCGUUGGAAUUGGAGUUGGAGCAACCAUAGGGGCCGGAGUGUACAUUCUGGUUGGAACUGUUGCUAGACAACAUGCAGGACCGGCACUUACAAUAUCAAUUUUGAUUGCUGGAAUAGCUGCUGCACUUUCAGCUCUUUGCUAUGCUGAGCUAGCUUGUCGAUGCCCAUCUGCUGGGAGUGCUUACCACUAUACAUACAUAUGCAUUGGAGAAGGGGUUGCUUGGUUUGUUGGCUGGGCCCUGAUUCUGGAGUACACAAUCGGUGGUUCAGCUGUUGCUCGUGGCAUAACUCCAAAUAUGGCUUUGUUUUUUGGGGGUGAGGAUAAUCUGCCUUUUAUUUUGGCUCGUCAUACCAUCCCAGGUUUUGGAAUUGUGGUUGACCCAUGUGCUGCUGUUUUAAUUCUUCUUGUUACCUUACUAUUGUGCACUGGAAUCAAAGAGAGUUCAACUGCACAAUUCAUUGUGACAACAAUAAAUGUAUGUGUCCUGCUCUUCAUCAUCAUAGCAGGUGGUUAUCUUGGUUUCAAAAACCAAUGGGAUGGAUAUAAGCUUGCCAAUGGGUAUUUCCCAUUUGGAUUAAAUGGUGUGUUCUCUGGGGCAGCAAUUGUUUUCUUUUCAUACAUUGGUUUUGAUUCAGUGACCAGCACAGCUGAGGAGGUGAAAAAUCCUCAACGAGAUUUGCCCCUGGGUAUAGCAAUUGCAUUAUCCAUAUGUUGCAUGUUGUAUAUGCUUGUAUCAGCUGUAAUUGUUGGCUUGGUGCCAUACUAUGAUUUGGAUCCUGAUACUCCUAUUUCCUCAGCAUUUUCGGAACAUGGAAUGCAAUGGGCAGUUUACAUAAUAACAACUGGUGCAGUCACUGCUCUCUUUGCCAGUUUGUUAGGUUCAAUUCUUCCCCAGCCACGAAUCUUUAUGGCAAUGGCUAGAGAUGGAUUGCUGCCUCCUUUCUUUUCAGAAAUCAAUAGAGGAACCCAGGUCCCUGUAAAGAGUACUGUUGUCACUGGUGUCUUGGCAGCUGCUCUGGCUUUCUUUAUGGAUGUUUCUCAGUUAGCAGGGAUGGUUAGCAUCGGAACACUGCUUGCAUUCACCACUGUUGCAGUUUCAGUUUUGAUUCUCAGAUAUGUUCCACCUGACGAGGUGCCCAUUCCAUCUUCACUUCAAAAAUCCAUUGAUCCAAUGCCUCCUAUUCCAUCAUCAGUUGAUGCAUCCACUGACCCAAUGCCUUUGCAUUUGAGUGGCGAUGUUGAGGAAAUUGGAGUAGCAAGUCCUGUAGAUACUGGGAAUUCUCAUGAGAAUAGCCAUCAACAAUCACAUAAUGAGGCAGCUGCCUUGCUUGGACAUCCUUUAAUCAUGAAACAGGGAACACAAGCAUCCGUCCAUAGACGGAAACGUGCUGCAUGGAGCAUAUGCUUUCUUUGUAUAGGGACUUUUAUCUUUGCAAUUGCAGCUUCAACUGAGGGUUGUCCCAGCGUUGUGCGCUUUACAAUUUGCGGUCUGGGUGCACUAAUUCUUGUCUGCAGUACAAUUGUCCUCGCCUAUAUAGGCCAAGAUGAUGCGAGGCACAGUUUUGGACACACAGGAGGGUUUCUUUGCCCGUGUGUUCCAUUCCUUCCUGCAAUCUGCAUUCUUAUAAACACCUACCUAUUAGUUGAUCUUGGGCUUUCUACUUGGAUUCGAGUUUCAUUGUGGUUGGCCAUUGGAGCAGCUAUUUAUGUAUGCUAUGGCCGCAAACACAGCUCACUGUUAAAUGCCGUCUAUGUCCCAUCAGCACAUGCCAACGAGAUUCAGCGUGCUGAGGCACAUCACAUGGCCUCGUAGCAGUGUUCUCAGAGCGGGAUUAAAGUUGGUCCUCAUUUGGUGCUUAUCACACC